AUGUGGGAAAUAAAUUUGGUUGAAAGUAGCCUCGAAUGUGACCAAAUUGAGAAAGUUCCUCAAGCAUUGUCAAUGUCUUCAUCUGUACGUCCUUCUGAGCCAAAUGCGUUGGGUGCUGUUGGGAUUCCUUCUUCUUCUGGUGUCUCUGUGGAGAUGACAUCUCAGCAUCUCCAGGCAGCGACCCCAACUUUAAAUAACCUGCUUCGCGGGGAAACAAGUUCAUAUAUCCAUCCUCAAGGAUCUCAGCUGCAAAUGCCACCCCACAUGCAGCAUAUUAUGGGCCCACCUCAAGGAGCAUUUCAUUCUCCGGUAGUUCAAUUUAUUAUUUUGUUUAGUUUAAGUUUUUUUUUUUUUUCGUAAUC